CCAGCCCCAAAUCCCGCAGUGCCAGCGCUGGGAUCCAUCCCUGGCUCUGUCCCUGAUCCCCCUCCCCAGCCCUCCCGGUGUUGGAAUCCCCCCGGAGCAGCUUCCUGAGACCGGAUUUGUCACCGAGGGGUCAAUCCCGGCUCCGAGCCCUCACUUCUCCCACUCUGAAUCCCAGGAUGGAGCCGCUGGCUCCUGUCACCCUCCUGGCCCUGCUGGUGCUGGCACUGGGACACCCUGACCCUGCACUGGACCGACACUGGGAGCUCUGGAAAAAAUCCUACGGGAAGAAAUAUCAGCCCCAGGAGGAUUCUCUCCGUCGCCUGACGUGGGAGAAGAACCUGUGGCUGGUGACUCUGCACAACCUGGAGCACUCCCUGGGGCUUCGCUCCUACACGCUGGGCAUGAACCACCUGGGAGACAUGACCAGCGAGGAGGUGGCGGCGUCGCUGACGGGGCUCCAGGCUCGUCCUCGCCGCCGUGGGAAUUCCGCAUUCCAGCCCCGAUCCCGGCCGGUCGGUGACAUCCCGGAGGCGCUGGACUGGCGGGACAAAGGCUGCGUGACCGAGGUGAAGAACCAGGGCGCCUGCGGAGCCUGCUGGGCUUUCAGCGCCGUGGGAGCUCUGGAAGCGCAGGUGAAGCUGAAAACCGGGAAUUUGGUGUCGCUGAGCGCCCAGAACCUGGUGGAUUGCUCCGGGAUGUACGGGAACAAGGGCUGUGCCGGGGGGUUCAUGACGGAGGCGUUCCAGUACAUCAUCGACAACGGCGGCAUCGAGUCCGAGGAGUCCUAUCCCUACAGGGCUCAGAACGGGACGUGCCAUUACAACGCCUCAGCCCGCGCCGCCUCCUGCUCCCGGUUCCUGGAGCUGCCCCAGGGCGACGAGGCCGCUCUCAGGGAGGCCGUGGCCACCGUGGGCCCCGUGGCCGUGGCCAUCGAUGCCACCCGGCCCAGCUUCUUCCUGUACCACUCUGGGGUGUUUGAUGACCCCCAGUGCUCACAGGAGGUGAACCACGGGGUGCUGGUGGUGGGAUACGGCUCCCUGGACAACAAGGAAUACUGGCUGGUGAAGAACAGCUGGGGUGUGUGGUUUGGAGACUCGGGAUACAUCCGGAUGGCCCGGAACGCCUCCAACCUCUGCGGCAUCGCCAGCUACGCCUCCUACCCGCUGAUCUGAGCCGACCCAGCACCUCCCCAAGGCUCCCCUUCCCAUGGAUUCCAUCCCAGCAGGGAUUCUUCCCCUCCCAGGGUCCCUUCCCAGCGCCGGUGGUUGGAUCCAUGGGCUGGGAGGGAAUGCUGGGAGUGGGAAUGUCGUUGAUAGGCAUGCAGGGAAUUCUUUUUUUUGGGGGGUGGUUCGGGAGUAAAAUUGCGAUUCCUGCAGGGAUUGGCCACAGGGAUAAGAGGGAUCAGGUACCAGGAUCACAGGGUUUGGAUACAGGGAUCACUGGGAUCACUGGGAUUGAGUGCUGGGAU